UUCAUUGCACCAGUCGUGAGUUGAACAAGACACAAUCAGCUUCAAGCUAAAAGGGACACAGAGAUUGAGGUUCUUUGUGUGAGAAGCAGGCCAUGAUGGGGUUUGUCCAUGUCGCAGUGGCUGUGCUCGGGCUCCUGUCCAUCGGACAGUCAGCUCCUGUAAACAACUGUGAGAGUCUAACAAAACUUAUUGAAAUCCAAAGAGACCAGCUGCUGGGCAAGUGGAUGAUCGUGGCAGAAAGCACAAACAUCCCGGCAUCCAAUAAGCUGACGAAGAUCUUCGUGGAGAGCUCCUGGGUGAAAAUCACUGCAUCUAACGAGAGCGGCGUCUUGGGUGUCUUCCAGUCCCAGAAAAUGUUCGGCACCUGCUUCACAAUCUCGACUACUCUGAAAUUGGAAAACGGCACUCUCUUCAUGGAGAAACCUGCCAAGGCUUCUGAGGUCUUACUGAAAACUAGCUGCGCCGACUGCCUUGUUAUCUCCUCGAACUACACCAUUGGAGGAAGCACGUUUGGUGGUCUCCAGCUCCUGAGCAGGAGAAACCAGUUGACUGCUGCUGAGAUGGACGAGUUCAACAAGCAGGUGGAGUGUAAAGGCUUCCGACCACCUGCCUUCCUGGACCCAGAGAAAGGUAUCUGCCCAGAUGACUCUCCCUCCCAAGAAACCGAGAGCACUGAUCUAUCCGAUGCGAUGUUGGACUUAGACCCUGGAGUAUUCGACCAGUUCCAACAAAUGAUCAGCACUGAAGGUGGCAUGAAUGAGCUCAUCAAGCUGAUCUCUAGCAGCUUGGCUGCAAUGAAAGAAAAUUAAUCUGGCGAAAACUGUCCUGAUGUGCCUGCAAACUGUACGAGUUACGAUAUCACAAUAUUUUGUUUUGGAACAGAACUCUUAUGUAAAGAGCAGUUGUAGAAGAGGCAGUGAGCAUAAAUGUCUCUUUGGAGUGAAACUUCUGAAUAAAAGCAAAUAAACUCCUCACCUCCUCACCCUUGAGACUAGAUAACAACA